AUCUUCUGCAGGCAAUGUGGAGGUGGUUGUGGGAUGCGCAUAGUGGCAUCCGAAAGCAAGACCGUCCCUAUCUUCUCAGACUCUUCAAAAGUCUUGUGUAUGCUGAGAGCCUUGGUGACCUGAAUGCACGGCAAGAUCAUCUGGCGAAUGAUGAAAUCGUUCGCAAGUAUCCCAAGUUCCGGGCCCAUGUAGACACGGUAUACCAGAGACGUGAGGCGUGGGCACUGUGUCUACACAAGGAGCUACCAACGCGAGGGAAUGUGACCAACAACUUUGUAGAGAGCGCUAUGAGGAUCAUUAAAGAGAAGGUCUUUCAGCGCUUGAAGGCGUACAAUGUCACGCAAGCGGUGCACUUUCUCUGCACCCGGAUGGAAGACUACUACAUUCGUAGGCUGAUCGAUGUUGCCAACAACAGGAUGGCUAACCCUUCCCAGUCAAAGUACAAUGCACGCGAUGGUGAUGUCAACUUGGACAAUAUCGUCAAGGAAGGUGACACAAGCUUCACUGUACCUAGCGCAUCAUCAGGGAGACUGUAUCAUGUCGAUAUUUUCUUGGGUACAUGCACCUGUCCGAUUGGAAUCACCGGUGGACCAUGUAAACAUCAGAGUGCAGUCACAAAGAAGUUCCAUGUUGAGAGCACAAACUUCUUACCAACAUUUUCACCUAAUCUGAGGAAAAUGUAUUAUAUCAUUGCAACAGGCAGAGAUGAUAUACCUGAUGAUUGGUUCGCUAGUCUCCACAACGCUGAUGAUCAAGUUCCAUCCAAUGAGCACCAGGGGGACGAUAUGAUGGGCCCAAGCACAUCAUCCAUCCAAGAUCCUCAGAUACGUGCGAUAGAGUCUCUGGGAUUACAAAGGUCUUUCGACAAUUCGUUUUCACAGAGGGGACGAAGGAUCGAGACAUCUGUUGGCGAUGAAGAUCUUUCUCAAAAGCUUCACAACUUUGUCGAUACUCUAACAACCAAGCUGAGAGAAGAUGGUGAUUCUUUCAGAGGCCCCUUGACUAAGUUUGUCCGACGCGUUGAGAACAUCACCACAGAUAGCACUCUCAUAUCUGCCUUGGUAACAUUUGGCAAGUACAGUGGCUAUGCGGUUUCUAAGAAAGCAAAACGUGGCAACAGAUCCGGCCUGCAAACUUCCACCCAGAUUGGGGUGCAGCCCACUGCUGUAAGCAGGCGAAAGGCUGCUUUAGGUGGAAGAAGGGCAUUAAUUACUGGUCGCCCUGUAAAAAUUAAUCAAAAGGAGCAUGGUUAUGCUAAGGUGCAGAAGCGUGGUUCUGCAGUAAAGAGGGGUGUGCUUCCCCAAAAUCCACGGCCUGCAUCACAUUCUCUAUCUCAUUGUGUUGAAUCAAAUGUUACACUGGGUAAGAGGCAUUCAGCUGGGCAUUAAAAGUGUUAGUUUGCCAUAUACAUGUACAUGUACGUUGACCGAGAUAUUCUGGAAUUCAUGGAUGUAAUAUUUAUUUUGUUGCAUUUGAGGACUAUAUGUAGUACGUGUAUUACAGUAAUAUGAUCUUUACGUUUGAUUAUUGCCUGUUUCUCAGUUACAAAAUAGUGUAGACAAAGCUAAUUAAGAUCAUCUAUUACACUUGAUCUCUAGCCGCAGAUGGACUGUGAGAAAAAUCUUGAAAAUUUACAGUCCCAUAUUUAAGUAAACAUAAUAUCUCCUUUUAUAUAUUUCAUACAUCUUUUCCAAGUUCAGCGGAUUUUUGCACAAGAGUUUCGAAUGAUAGAUAGAUCCCCACCCAAUUUUUUUUUAAACCUUAAUUUUGAAGAUUUAUAACUUCCAUGCGUAUAUAUCUUUGCAAGCUGUCGGUGAAAACAAUUUGACAUUAGAAUAAAAUAUUUUCUUUUAAUCUUGUCCACGUUGGAUUGGGCUUGCCCUGACAUUUAAAAUGAGCAUUAGAAACAUAAGUUUCAUAAUGAAACAAAAAGGAAUUAAAAACAAAGGAAUGAAAUGCCAGUUUAUGGGUAAUGAUAUUUGAAUUUAAGGACCCUUUUGGCUCAGAAUACAAAGCGCUACUAUUAUUACCCAAUCAUUAUCAUAUCAUUAUCGUAGCUGCGGCAUCCAAGAUAACUAGUCACUCAAGGAAUUCAUUUAAACAAGGUACCAAUAUAUGGAUCACCUGGGUCAAGUGUGGGAGAUACAGGUUAAUGUAAAAGGAUCUUCGUAGUGCUGUGGCAUAAAGGUAAAAUCACCAAAUUGAGCUGAACGUGUUGAGUUUAGAAAUAUUUAAUGAGGCACAAUACAACCCUUGCUAUAUUAGCUUAUAGUAUUAAUAGGAUUAUUGCUCAGUUGCAUCAUAAUCUAGAGAAUAGUUCUCUAAAUUAUGUGUCAUUUACAUAUAUUUGGAAUAUUUGCUUUUCAUAUUAAAGCGAGACCGAACUAACCCACACUGUGUGUGGGCUCUAAUAGGGUAUGUAUUAUAAAAGCUAGUCUUAUAAAUAUGCCUUUUUAGAUAACUAUUGACAAUACAUAUAUAUUUCAAUGCUUUAUUCAACAUAAAGUCAAUACACACACUAUAAUCUCCUGAUAAGGGGAUUAUGCUGAUAAGAGAGUCUGCAUGGUUGAGUGAAUCAAUGAACACAUGUAAAACACACUGUUUACAACCACAAUUGGGCAUAUAUUAUAAGACUACUCUUAUCAGAAUGCACGUUAGGAAACAGGACAGAUGGGAAGUUUAAUACUCAAGGUGGAGCUUUACAGGGCUUCUGGUUCACUGUGGCUUUAAGACUUUUUAUUGUACAUGUAUUGUUGAUAGCUCAGUCAAUAGAACAGAGGUCUUGUAACAGUUCCCUAAUUUGAAACCAAGUCGAUCUGUGCGCCAAUUAAUGCCCUGAUUACCAUGUCUCAAUAGGAAUUAGAGCCAUCUUUUCCCUGGUCGCAGGUGGGUAAAAUAAAACGAUAUGUUUGUAUGUGCUAUAAUUCAUUGUUGUGUACUGAUCUAUCCCACCACUUGGUUGUGUUCUGUGUAACCAGGCAAGAUAACCGAGUAGGCAGGGAAAAAGUAUGUUUUGGCAAUACAUAAAGGAACAGCUUUCGCGUAAUUUGAGCCAGAGUUUAUAUGGUACAUACUAGACGUACAAUAUUUUAUUAACAUUUUUCUAAGGUGUUUGCAUAAAUCCAACUUCAUUAAUGGAUUAGACUGAACUUAAUUGUUGAAUAUUUGUUACAAACUCAACCAACUUGCUAAAUAAAGGAUAGUCUUGCUGUGUUAGCAGA